AUGGCUGGUUUAAUGGCAGGUUUUGGUUGUUACACCCAUGCUGUCGUCCGGGGAAUCCCUGCGUCUCUGGCCAAGGAAGCGCUCCGGACCAGCCAGUCUGAGGUGGAUUCAACCAAGGCGCAAAGAGAGCAUGACGCUUACGUGCACGUCCUGAGGACCGUACUCGGGCUCGAGGUGGUGGAAUUGCCCGCGGAUGAGACGCUCCCGGAUUGCGUGUUCGUGGAGGAUGCCGCUGUGGUGUGCGGGGACACGGCGCUCAUCACCAGACCGGGUGCAGAGAGCAGACGGAGAGAGACAGAAGCUAUGAAAGGUGCCUUGAAGGAGCUGAAUCUGAACAUUGUAGAAAUGACUGAUGAGAAUGCCACAUUGGAUGGAGGAGAUGUCCUUUUCACAGGUCAAGAGUUCUUUGUUGGCCUUUCCAAACGAACCAAUCAAAGAGGAGCUGAGAUCCUCGCUGAUGCUUUUAAGGAUUAUGCUGUAUCUACUGUGCCUGUUUUGGAAGGGCUCCACCUGAAGAGCUUCUGCAGCAUGGGGGGACCGGGCCUCAUUGUCAUCGGCUCCAGUGAACCUGCUCAGAAAGCCCUCAAAAUCAUGCAACAAAUGAGUGAUCAUCGUUAUGACAAACUGACGGUGCCUGAUGACCUUGCUGCCAACUGUAUCUACAUGAACCUGCCCAACAAAGGACAGGUGCUUCUGCAUGGUACAAGAGAAGAGUUUCCGGAGAGUGUGAAGGUGUUUGACAAAUUGAAGGACCACAUGCUGAUCCCUGUGUCCAACAGUGAGAAAGUCAAAGUGGACGGGGCCCUUACAUGUUGCUCGGUGCUCAUCAACAAGAAGGCCAUCAACUGA